UAAGGUAAUAAAUACAUUAUUUUGGUCUUAUAUUUUGCUAGAUCCAUUCUACCAUUUACCAGUUCCAAUGGCGAAUCAAAACAACACUCUCCCAAAAGUAUUCCUCCACGGUCCUCCCAACAUCUCCAUCACACUCCUCCCUCCCAAUCCUUCUCACAAUUUCCAUAUCCUAAACCCUUCUUCAAUUCUCCCUCUCCAACACUUCAUAUCCACCAAUCCCCACCACGCCUCCUCCAUCGCCGCAAUCGUCACUCUCAGUCUCCACCCCAUAAAUGCCGAUGACAUCCGACUUCUUCCCUCUCUCCGUUUCAUCUGCACCCCCAGCGCCGGAACUAAUCAUAUUGACCUCUCCGAGUGUCGCCGCCGGGGAAUCCAGGUCGCCGACGCCGGAAAUGUUUUCUCACCGGAUGUUGCUGAUAUGGCAGUCGCUUUGUUGAUUGAUGUUUGCAGGAAAAUCUCCGCGGCGGAUCGAUGGUUGAGACGACAGCUUCAGCCUUCCUCUUGGGAUUUUCCACUUGGUUCUAAGUUGACAGGACAAAAAAUUGGAAUUGUUGGUUUGGGAAGAAUUGGAUCAGAAGUAGCAAAGAGGCUUGAGGGAUUCAGUUGCAAUAUAUCAUACAAUUCUAAGAACAGAAAACCGUUAGUUUCAUACCCUUACUAUUCAAGUGUGUUAGAGCUUGCAACUAACACCAAUGUACUUAUUUUGUGUUGUGAACUAAAUGACCAAACAAGACACAUUGUGAACAAACAAGUCAUGUUGGCAUUGGGAAAAGGGGGAAUUAUAGUGAAUGUUGGACGAGGUGGUCUCAUUGAUGAAAAGGAAUUGUUGAGGUGUUUGAUUGAAGGUGAGAUUGGAGGUGCUGGUUUGGAUGUGUUUGAGAAUGAACCUCAUGUUCCUAAGGAGUUCUUUUCUUUGGAUAAUGUUGUUCUUUCACCACAUGCAGGUGUAUUAACUUCAGAGUCUUUCAAUGGUAUCAGCCAAGUUGUGGAACAAAAUUUGGAAGCUUUCUUUUCGAAUAAGCCUCUGAUUACUCCAGUUAUAUAGUUGAUUGAAUUGUUUAUUGCAUUUUUUGUUGACCCUUUUGUUGAAUGCUUUUGAAUGAAGUUGGGUGUGAUUGAUAUGUGUUAGGAGGUUUUUCAUUUUCCAAAAUAAAUUGUGAGAUCUCUUUGAAGAUGAAAUGUAAGUUGGGAUCAAACAAAAGAUUGGACAGAAAUUGAAUGUAUAACAAUAAAGAUUGACAAGCAAAUGAAAAAUGACUAUGUCUUAAACUGAUAAGAAAAACACAUUAGCGAUAUAAAUAUGAUAAAUUAGUUGAAAGUUAAAAGCAUACAAGACAUUCAACAAUUAGCAUAGCACUUAAAGAUUAAAGAGUGCCUCAAAGUUAAAUUCAUAAAACUUUCAACAAUAACGUAGACAAGACGACACAUCUACGCAGGUAAACUUGUAAGAAAAGAAUUUGUACGUGA